AUGGUUCUGAACAAGAGGACUCACAGCCUCAGAGUGGUUCUGGACAAGAGGACUCACAGCCUCAGAGUGGUUCUGAACAAGAGGACUCACAGCCUCAGAGUGGUUCUGGACAAGAGGACUCACAGCCUCAGAGUGGUUCUGAACAAGAGGACUCACAGCCUCAGAGUGGUUCUGGACAAGAGGACUCACAGCCUCAGAGUGGUUCUGAACAAGAAGACUCACAGCCUCUGA